AAGCAUAUGCUAUUAUUAUUAUUAUUAUUAUUAUUAUUAUUAUUAUUAUUAUUACAGAUUUAAAAUAUUUGUCUUGUUUGGUUUCAUCUUUGAGCUUGCGCAGGGACAUGGUUAGUGCACGUGCACUGGUUAAAGAAGUUGUUUGUUAUUUUUUUCCAAAUAAGCGAGGUUUGCUCAGAGCGUGUGAAUCUGUCCUGACACGAGGUCACCGGACUCCUCCACUGCAAAUGGACGGGUGCUAUUUUCAAAUUUUUGCUUCGGCAUCCGGACUGUAAUGCAAAGCAGGUGUCCUUGGGUGUUCGUCCGAUUGAUGUGCUUUUUAAUAACAGCCAAGAGCGGGUUCGAGUGCGCGCCUUAAACGUCAUAUAGGUUUAGUGUUACAUUAUAAAGGAAAGGCUUUGGGAAGCGUUCAGGUUGGUGUUUUAUUCUGGGGAAAACAGGAAAUGUGACUUGCGUCUUGCAUAAACGGGCCUGCCUUUGCAUUUGGGAACGUGUGGUGUUCCUGCUGGUUGGUUUUUCUGGAUUUAGAGAUUUGCAGUUUACGCGCUAGAAGUGUGCAGCAAAACAUGUCUGUGUGCUGCAUGCUCUAUGCGUUUUUACUUAUUUAAACUCUUUAAUAGCCAUAUUUUAUGGUGAAUUGUUGAGCUAGUUCUUGUUUUCUUGCCCUGGUCUUUUCUAAAAUGCAACAGAUUCCUAACAGCUUGAAUUUGUGUUUAUUCAUGAGUAUUUCUGCACAGCCUCCACCAGGACUCGGCUUAUUUCUCUCAGUCUGAGCCGAGCUGCAGAGUCUCACCCGUAAGUUCAGUUCCGAGCCGUAAACAACUUAGUUGAUUAGGUUUUUUGCCUUUUAUAUCCUAAUCUGAUAAGCAAAACGCCAACGCGAGCCAGUCCGAGCGGAGCUGCUGGUACCAGUGCCAUGCUUUCCAUUGGUUCCUGUUUACAUGAUGCCCACAGGACACGCGGUGAUUGGUGGUUCCACGCACGUGACCAGACAACUUUGUACAUUUGACAGGGGAGUAGGAGGGUUUUGUGGAGAUCAGAAAAACGACAGCGCGAUAAAAAUUAGUAUUGUUGCACUUCACAAAUUAAUGACCAUGAGUUCCUACUUGAUAAACUCCAACUACAUCGAGCCUUCCUUCCCGCCGUGCGACGAAUAUCAGCAGAGCGGAUACAUCCCCAGCCAUGGUGAUUACUACGAGCGACCAAAAGACACGGGUUUCCCCCAUCACGACGAGGCAACCUACCCGAGGUCAAACUACACAGAAACGGGCUACGAUUACGGCAACGUCCCCGCCGCCGCCUCACUCGACGAUUUCGGGGACGGGCAUCACGCACAGCCGCAGCCGGUUGCACAGAGCCACGGUCCUCGCCUCUCCACGGCGCCAGACGGUGGCGCAGGGGCAAAUACCAAAGACUGCAGUCUCUCCGGUGAGGUGUAUCCCGGCACGGCGAAGGGCAAGGAGCCGGUGGUCUACCCGUGGAUGAAAAAGGUCCACGUUAGCAACGUCAGUGCCAGUUACAAUGGAGGAGUGCCCAAGAGGUCCCGCACUGCCUACACCCGCCAACAGGCUCUGGAGCUGGAGAAGGAGUUCCACUUCAACCGCUACCUGACCCGGCGCCGGCGGGUGGAGAUUGCGCACACCAUGUGCCUGUCCGAGCGCCAGGUCAAGAUCUGGUUUCAGAACCGGAGGAUGAAGUGGAAAAAGGAGCACAAGCUCCCCAACACUAAGAUCCGCUCGUCCAGCUCGGCCUCAGCGACCGGGGCCCAGCAGCAGCAGCAGCAGAUCAAAACAGGCCAGCAGCUCGUGCCCACGCCGUGCACCGUGGGUCUAUAGUCCACCAAUGAACGCAAAUGCCUGAAACUCCAGACUGAGAUGGAAAACAAAGCAAAAGUGGAAUUGGAUGGACCGAUUUUCAGUAUUUUACACACAUGGUGUUAUUCUCUGUAACCUUGCACAUUGGGCCUUUGCCACGUCCUUUGUAACCCUUUCCUCCACGAUCGUCUUCAUAUAAGCUUGAAAUCUACAUUUAUUUGCCAUGGUGGCAACUGAAGUGUCUAUAUAUUUGUUUAUAAUGGAACAAGAAGAAAAAAAGCCAACGCGCAUUCAGAGCAGAUGUUGCAGUUUGGUGGCAGUGAGUUAGAGCUGUUUUAUGUAUUAUUGUUUUGUUCCUGUUUUCCUUUAAUUGCUCAUGGAAAGUUCUAAUAUACUUGAAAGUUAUCUGUGAGGCUCGGAGUUAGAGAGGCGCUCGAGCCGUUCUGUAGGAAUGGUCCCGGUCCGAGGAGCUGCGUGUAGUCUGUGCGUUUGAAUGGGUCGGUUUACUGUUGAAUGUAGUCCAGGUGACUUUUACAUCUAGUGUACAUAUAAAACUACCUAAUGAAGGCACAAGGACGGGCGGGAGAGGCUUCCCGUCCGCUCUGCUUAUGUUGUAUAAGGUCUAGUUUCAUCUGUGCUGGUGCGUCCUUUGUUGUGCUGUGUUCUAAACUGUGAAUAUGUGUCUGUGUUGUCUCAGUGGUGACCGUUGUUCAUAUACAGGCUAGUGUAGCUUAAACGUGUCCUUGUGAAAUAAAUAUGUGCUUCACUUAUAAA